GAGAGACAGACGAAGUGGACGUCGGCUGCCGGGUCGGUCCUCGCGCGCGUGGCUCUCUUUUCCACCCAAUGCUUUCCGUUACGAGCUGAGCCGACAUUUUAAGAAAAUGGGUGCAUAUCUCUCAGAGCCGGUGACGGAGAAGAUCAGCAGCGACGAGUGCGGCGAGAGCUUGAGCUACGGCGCGAGCUCCAUGCAAGGCUGGCGAGUGUCGCAGGAAGAUGCACACAACUCCAUCUUGAGUUUUGACAAGGACGCCCACCUUUUUGCUGUCUAUGAUGGCCAUGGAGGUCAUGAGGUGUCAGCAUACACGGCUCUUAAGCUGCCUGACUUCAUCAAGGAGACGGAGGCGUACAAAAAGGGGAACUUUUCACAGGCCCUGACCGAUGCCUUCCUAGGCUUCGAUGCAACGCUCACAAAGGCCGAAGUUGUAAACAUUCUCAAACAGAUUGCUGGUACAAAGGAUGAGGAGGAAGAAAACUCUGAUUCUGAGACAGAGGAGGUGGACAACCUGUAUCGGGAAGCCACAAUGCCCCUGGAUGAGGUCAUGGCACAGUACACAGAGAACCCUCAAAUUGCCAGAUGUAAAAAAGAGAAGACUGUUUCUCCAUUCCUGAAAGCCAAGAACAACAGCGGUAAUGCGUUACAGUCUGAGGGACCAAUCGCACUAGAACUCGAAGAACAAGGUACAUCCUCGUCAUCUGCUCAGUCAUCAAAUGUAGAAAAUGAAGCCGUGAGUACAACUGACAGCAAAACGAAUGGCUCAGGGGACCAGAAUGGCACGCAAUCUGAGGGAGAAGCCGGUGUGAACGGUGAGGAGGACAAACACAUGGUGAAUGGUGAGAGCGCAGAGGAAGAGGAGGCAGCUGAUGCGAAACAUGAAGACAAGGACAAAGUUGAAGGUGAAGAAAAAGUGGAGAAGAAAGAGGAGGAAAGCAAAGUGGAGAACGGUGAAGUUGUCAUAAAUGGUGGUGAAGGGCUGGAAACGGGGAAGGGGAAAGGCAAAGGGGGUAAGGGAGGUAAGGGGAAGGCUGUGUUGAAAAACUCUGAGGUGCAGGCGAUGAAGGAGGCACAAGUCAAAGAGAGACGGCGUGUGGCAGCCAUGAAGGCAGCUGAAAUUUACCGCAAAAUCCAGGAAGGCACUGCAGAGGAGGACCUUAGUGACGAGGAGGAGGAAGAGGAUGACGACAAUUUUGAGGAUGAGGAUGAUGAAGAUGAUGAGGGAGAGGAUGAUGAUGAGGCUGGUGAUGAUGACGACAGUGAUGAGGAGGAAGAUGAUGACGAGGAGGCUGAAGAUGAUGACGAUGAUCCUUAUGCGGAAUUUGCUAUGAAUAUGAAGGAAGAGCCUGGCUUUGACAGUGGAUGCACAGCCUGCCUAGCACUGAUCAAAGAAACUGAGCUCUAUGUGGCCAAUGUGGGUGAUUCACGCUGCGUUGUGUCCAGAGAUGGCAAAGCCAUUGAGAUGAGUCUCGACCACAAGCCAGAGGACGAUCCUGAGGCAGCAAGAAUCAUCAGAGCAGGAGGGAGAGUAACAGCUGAUGGAAGGGUCAACGGAGGACUCAAUCUCUCAAGAGCAAUUGGUGACCAUGGCUACAAGCAAAACAAAAACCUCUCGGCAGAGGAACAGAUGAUCAGUCCGCUCCCUGAUGUUCGUUCCAUGACACUAGAACCCAAAGAUAACUUCAUCAUUGUUGCCUGUGAUGGAAUCUGGAACUCUCUUUCAUCUCAGGAAGCCUGUGAUUUUGUCUCUGAGAGGCUGAGUGAGGAUACCAAGCUCUCAAAGAUUUGUGAGGAGUUAUUUGACCACUGUCUAGCCCCAGACACUCAUGGGGAUGGCACAGGCUGUGACAACAUGACGUGCAUCAUCAUCAAGUUGAACAAAUUGAAGGUGGAGUCAACCGGGAGUGCCAAGAGAACCUCUGACGAAGCUGGCAAUGAAGGGAUCAAGCAGGAGGACAAGAAAUUCAAAAGUGACGGCGAAUAAUGACCAAUAGGGCAUAGGAGAUUUUAUUUUCAAACUAGUGUUUAGGGUUGGGGCGGGAGGGAUUCCAGGGGUAGGGGGUCUUUGCUGGAACCUAGUGUUGUUGUUUCACUUUCCCAUGGGCCAGCCUUGUGAGGAAAUGGACGCAUGAAGGCCGUGUGUCUGCAGAUUGCUCUCUCGCUUUCAACAGAUGGACCAGAGAGGAGAAUGCUGCAAUGAACUGUAGUGCAACUGCAUUGUACAACUCUUGCACGAUUGUGAGAAGUGUGGCCAUCUCAAAAUCAAGAGGUUACAGUAUCAAAGUGAAACCUUAGGGUGAAGGAAUAUGCCAGAAAGAGACUGUAAGUUAUCUCUCUUUUAAAAUCACAGUGGCAGUUGAGGACCAAAUGCAUGUCCUGAGAAAUGGCUUUUUUUUUUUCUUCUUUUUUUCUUUUUUUUCUUUCUUAGAAGAAAAAAAAACAAGAGGAAUCCUGGUGAACACAAGAAAUCCUUUUCUAUUUGGUACACACUGGAGGGUUAAAUAAAGGUGCUAGAUACGUCUGUCUCAAAGAGGAGACACAUUCAGCUAUGCCAGAUUUUCCCCCCACCCUGCCAAAAACGUUAAAAAAAUAAAAAAGAAAGAAAAAAGUGACUUUAUUUAAGCUUGAAUGAUAUUGAUCUUCUCUUGUAUUUAAUCUAAUGUGAGAUGGAAGAUGCGCGUUACUUGAGACUGUUGUAAACUGUGAUCACUGUAUUAACGAUAUUAGUUACUAAGUACCUGGAAUGAUGGAUAGAUCGUUCCUUGUAUAGUUGAGUUGAGGUUGCCCAGGUACGGGCUGCCAUAUGGUCAUUAAUUUGAGGUUUAAAUUCUCCAUUGGACAGCUUGUUCAACUACAUCAUCUCCUUCUGUUAUUUGUAGUUUUAAAACCUGAAUUAGUAUAUUUCAGGAAUGCACAUUAAAUAUAAAUAAUUUUUUUUGUAAAGAAGAAAAAAGAAAAAAUCCUAUUGAAAAGGAGCUCAGGCUUUAACUUUUGUAGUGAUUUCAAAACACUUAUUGAUGUAGUGUUCGAGUGAGUUCUUCAGCACAAGUGUGAUCAUUGACGCUACUUCCCGCGCAUGUGCCGUUGGGCAAGGCGUGUCGUUCGCGUUAUCCCGCUUAAUGAGUGGCUCAACCCUCACUGGAGGUUGAUGAGGAGGAGUGGUCGUUGUAUUUCCCUUAUUCUUUUCUUUUUUUCUUUUUUUCUUUUUUCUUUUUUUUGAAUUUUCUAGAAUUUGUUUUUAAAAUUUUCAGGUUAUAUAUAAUUUUCUCGUGAAAUUUUCUUGUUUACUUCCAUCGUGGUAUGGUCUAGUGCAAAAUUUAUAUAUGUAGCUUUGGAGUUAUGCUGGCAGACUAUUUGUACUUUUACCAGAACAGUGAACAUGACUAUGCAGUUAAAGUUUUCCAUGUGAAAAAGUAGAUUAAUUCCACUUUCAUGUUUGAAAUUGUUAAAAAAAAAAAAAGGGAAAGGAUCUGCCAAUUCAAAUUUUCUAGGAACCAGAGUGUGAAUGUAAAUCCAUGUGCAUAUAUAUAUUUUUUUUCUUAUCUUUUUUUUUUUUUUUUUCUUUUCUUUUAGAGGUCUUGGAUGUCUGAGGCAAUUUAAAAGCCCACUUAUAUUAGUCUUUUUUUUACAUAUAUAUGUGUGUUGGAUAAGUAACAAGAAAUUUAAUUAAGGUUAUACCCUUUGGUUAUAUGUAUGUAUAUACACAUAUAUGUACAUGUAUGUGGUUAUAUAUAUGUAUGAAGAAUUUUUUUUUGUGUGCACUUGUAUGAGUAUAAGAUACUUUGCAAGAAGAUAUACAUACAUAGGCCCACAUACAUACAUAGGGACACAAUUAUAUGUAUUUGUACACACACACAUGCACACACACCACACACAAUUAUGGAAGUAUUUGCACUUGUUAAACAGGUGUUUUCUCUCUCUCUCAUACUCUCACUCUCACUCUCACUCUCACUCUCUCACACACACACACACACACACACACACACACACACACACACACACACACACACACACACACACACACACACACACACACACACACACACACACACACACACACACACUUGUGUAUAUAUACAUGAGUGCCCACAUCCACACUCGUAUAUAUAUACUCAUAUACAUACAUAUAUAUGUAAACAUAUUUCAUUCAGCUGGAGUAAAGAGGAAUUUUGGGGAAGAUCCAGAUGAAUCGAUUUUAAUUUUGUUAAAAUUUUUUAUUUAUUUAUUUAUUUUUUUCUUCAAGCAAUUUUCUGAAGAUGCCCAUGUCGCCCCUUCCUCCCCUCUUUUUCUAUUCCCUUCUGAACCUUUUUUUUUUCUUUUUUUCAUUUUUGUUUUCAUCCCAAGGUUCCACAUUGAGUGAUAACCACAGGAUAAAAGGUUGCUGCAAUACGUGCUGCUGACGGCUACAGAGAAAGUUCACACACAAGUACAAAUUACCUAAGCAUUACAUAUAUCGGGAAUGUUUUUUUUCUUUUGUUGAAAUUUUUCGGGUAUCUAAAUUUUUUUGUUUUAUGUAUAUCAUGUAUAUAUAUAUUUUUUUUCUUUAGAGGAAAGCAAAAAACAAAAAAUACAAAAAAAAAAGAAUGAAUAAGUAAAUAAAAAAUGUUAAGUUGUUAUUCAGUUUGUGAUGCUUGUUAAUAACAUUUCACAGUAUAAAAGCAAGGGCCUGUUGGUUCCAGCUUUUUGCAACCAAGUAAUCAGUGAAUGUCUAAAAGAAACAUAGGAAGUAGGAUGAUGCCGAUUUGUAAUAAAAUCUUUCAUUUAAAA